AUGUCCAACCAGGUGUCCACCCGCGUGGAGAAGCCCUCGGUCAUUCUGCUGGACAUCGAGGGCACCAUGACCGACAUCAGCUUCGUCUCCAAGAAGCUCUUCCCCUUCAUCAAGGCGAACAUUGAGACGUACUUCGACGAGUGCUACGCCCGCCCUGAAACGCAGGAGCUGAUCAAGCGAAUGCGCGAGAGUCGCCGAACGCUGAGCGAGGAGGAGAGCGCCUGCUUGCCCCAAAUCCAGCCGCCUAGUGCGCCUCGCCGCGACAUCAUCAAGAGCCUGGCGGAGUACAGCCUGGCCAACAUGCGCCUAAAACGUCGCGUCUCGGAGAUCAAGCAGCUGCAGAUUCUAGUGUGGGUGUGGGGCUACGAGCGGGGCAGCAUCCGCGGGCACGUCUACGACGAGGUGACCACCACGAUGCACCACUGGAAGACGGGCUACCGCAUCGCCCUCUACGUCUUCAGCACGGGCAUGAUCGCCGCCCAGCAGCUGCUCCUUUGCUGCACCAACCACGGCAACUGCCUCCCGAUGAUCACCGACUUCUUCGACAACUCGGUGGGCGACAAGACCGACCCGGCCAGCUACCUGAAGAUCGCGGAGAAGGUGCGCCGGAGCGUCGGCAGUAUGCUCUUUAUCACCGAUAAUCCCAAGG